AUGGUGGGAUCUCAUAAGGUGGGGACUAAGGGUAGAGGUCCUGAUAGUGAAGUGUUGCAACCUGUGAAUGAAGUCCUUAUGCAGGUCAUUCAGGCUUUGCAGCCUACUGGAAAGUUUAUUCUUAUGAAUCUUUGCUCUUGGAAUUGUCGAGGAGUUGGUAAGAAGGAAUUUCCUACAUUGGUUAGGGACUUGAAGUUUAGAUUUAAUAUUAAAGUGUUGGCUUUAUUAGAAACUAAAAUUCAGGGAAACAGAGGGGAAACUAUUAUUAGGAAGUUGGGUUUUCCCAAAUUUUUCAAACAAGAGGCUGUGGGCUUUUCUGGUGGGAUUUGGAUUUUAUGGGAUGAUAGAGAUGUGGAGGUGGAGAUUAUCCAAUCUCAUCAUCAAUAUGUUCAUACUAAGAUUCUAUAUCUGGAGGAAAAGAAGUUUAACUUUGUUUCUUUCGUCUAUGGGAGUCCUAGGAGGAUUGAGAGGUGCUGUCUUUGGGAGGGUUUGGAGGAGUUGGCCGAAGGGAUCCAUUCUUCUUGGGUCAUUCUGGGUGAUCUCAAUUCUGUUCUUAGUCCAUCUGAGAAGGUUGGAGGGAAGAAGGUGUGCUGGAAGAGUAUUCAGGAGUUGAAAGAUUGCAUGGAGUCAUGUGGCUUAACAGAUAUUGGUUUCAAAGGUCCAAGUUUUACAUGGAAGAGGGGCGGACUCCAAGAAAGGAUUGAUAGGGCUCUAGCUAAUGAAGAAUGGAACUUAGCCUGGCCUAAUAGAGUGCUAGGUCACCUGCCUUACUUCAAUUCUGACCAUAGGCCAAUUCUUCUUGGUUGCUGUCAGGAUUCUCAUGGGAGGAAAAAUGUGAAGCAGUUCAAGUUCUUGGCUGGUUGGCUAACUAGUGCUGAUUUUGGGAAUAUUGUGAAGGACUGUUGGGAGAAGGAUGUGGAUUGGGGUACUGCUAGGAAGGAGUUUGUGGUGAAGGCUACCAAAUGGCACCAAAAUGUCUAUAGAGAGGAAAUGAGGCAGAAGCAUAGGAUUUAUGCUAGAAUUCAAGGUUUAGUAUUCAGUUGGAAGCUUGCUAUGAUAGGAAUCUUGAAAGACUUCAGGAGGACUUAUGGAAAGAAUUGGACCAGAAGGAGAUUUAACAAGGUGACUGCAAUUAAGGAUGAUGCAGGGGAUUGGUUAACUGUGGAGAAGGAGAUGGUGGAUACAGCUGUUAGUUAUUUUGAGAAUCUAUUUCGAGCAGAAAGGGAAGAGUGUGAGGAGUUUCCAAUUAAGAAUGCUUUUCCCAAGCUGGAGGAUCAGGAGGUUAAUCAGCUGGCUAGAAUGCUAGAUGAUGAAGAGAUAAGGAGAACUGUUUUUAAGAUGGGAAGGUUUAAGGCUCCAGGUCCAGAUGGGUUGCAUGCGGAGAACCUUGAAUGCAUGAGGGAAUUCAGACCCAUUAGCCUAUGUAAUGUAUCUUACAAGAUUGUCACUAAGGUGAUUACUGAUAGAUUGAGAAGUUGGAUGCCUAGGUGGGUUACUCCUAAUCAAUAUGCUUUUGUGAAAGGUAGACAUAGUGUUGAUAAUAUCCUAGUUGCUCGGGAGAUUAUUCACUCUAUGAGAAGGAAGAAAGAGAAGAUGGGAUGGAUGAUGAUUAAAGUUGAUUUGGAUAAAGCCUAUGAUAGGCUUAGUUGGGAAUUUAUUCAUGAGACUCUUAUAGAGUUGGGGCUGCCUGAGGAUUUAGUUUCACUAAUUGAUAAUUCUUCCAUUGAUCAAGCUCAUGUUAUUACUGGCUGUUCUGGACAGAAGAUUAGUAAAGAGAAAACAAGGGUAUUCUUCUCAGAGAAUGUGGGAUACAGUAGGGCUAAGGAAAUAAGUGAGUUCCUGGGUAUAGGAUCAACUCAGAAUCUGGGGAAGUAUUUGGGAGUGAUGCUUAACCACUCUAGAGUAAACAAUGCUACCUUUGGGAAUGUCCUGGACAGGGUGAAUAGGAGGUUGUGUGCUUGGAAUGCUAAAUCUUUAUCCUUAGCUGGGAGGCUAACCUUAGCCAAAUCAGAGCUAUUUGCUAUGCCUACAUAUGCAAUGCAGACUGCCUGGUUGCCUAAAACUGUUUGCAAUGACAUUGAGAAGCAGACUCGUGGUUUCAUAUGGGGAUCUACAAGAGAUAAGAGGGGAACUCACCUUGUCAAAUGGGAGAGGAUGUGUUCUGCUAAACAGCUUGGAGGUGUCCGGUUGAGGGACUUAAGGAAAUUUAAUCAAGCUUUUAACACGAAGGUGGGCUUUGGAUUAUUGACUAAUAAAGAUGCUUUGUGGGCUAGAGUAUUGAGGAACAAAUAUAAAUUAGAGGAUGGAUUAACUCCUCAGAUUUCCAAGUCUGGCAGUACUAGCAAUAUCUGGAGAGGCAUAUGUGCAUCCUGGGAUAAUGUGUUGGAGGGGACCAGGAUCUCAAUUGGUAAUGGCAGGGGAACCAGGUUCUGGUAUGAUUGUUGGGUUCCUGGCUUUGGGAAGCUUAUUGACAGAAUUGUUGCUUCUGUACCAGAUGAAGACAAUAGUUAG